GGUGCUGCUGCUUACCAGGCAUAUUGUGGGUUUAGUUUCUUUCAGCCCCAACCAGUCAGCCCCAACCAGUCAGCCCCAACCAGUCAGCCCCAACCAGUCAGCCCCAACCAGUCAGCCCCAACCAGUCAGCCCCAACCAGUCAGCCCCAACCAGUCAGCCCCAACCAGUCAGCCCCAACCAGUCAGCCCCAACCAGUCAUCCCCAACCAGUCAUCCCCAACCAGUCAUCCCCAACCAGUCAUCCCCAACCAGUCAGCCUCAACCAGUCAGCCCCAACCAGUCAGCCUCAACCAGUCAGCCUCAACCAGUCAGCCCCAACCAGUCAGCCUCAACCAGUCAGCCUCAACCAGUCAGCCUCAACCAGUCAGCCUCAACCAGUCAGCCUCAACCAGUCAGCCCCAACCAGUCAGCCCCAACCAGUCAGCCCCAACCAGUCACCCCCAACCAGUCACCCCCAACCAGUCAGCCCCAACCAGUCAGCCCCAACCAGUCAGCCUCAACCAGUCAGCCUCAACCAGUCAGCCUCAACCAGUCAGCCUCAACCAGUCACCCCCAACCAGUCACCCCCAACCAGUCACCCUCAACCAGUCACCCUCAACCAGUCACCCUCAACCAGUCACCCUCAACCAGUCACCCUCAACCAGUCACCCUCAACCAGUCACCCUCAACCAGUCACCCUCAACCAGUCAGCCUCAACCAACCAGCUCCGCCUCAGACCCAACUAGCCCUCCCAGCUCUGGAGAGACCAUAAUGACUGUAGUAGGGGUUACGGCUCCUUCCCCUACCCCCGCUGCCUCCCUCUCCUGGUCCAGCUCACAGCGCCCCCAGGUGGCUGGAGUAUGAUCUGCUCUCCCGGCCACCUGGCAGGCAGAAAGACUGCAGUACUGAAAGAGAACUGAGCUUCCAGACCAGAGGUUCUCAUAUAAAACUUCAAAAUCAGAAGUGACAGAAUGACAAAAUCUUUAUUUUUUAUGCAUUAAGGUAUAUUUUAAAUAGCUUUGGAAAUCUUAACAGAAGAGUUUUAUGUGAUUGUUUUUGCCAGAGGCACAGACGCUACUAGCUAGCUACAAUGAAAAUGAGUCGAUGUGUAACGUGUAUACAAGCAAUUGUAUUAUAGAUAACAUAUAUCUAUUAAGAAUAUAACAGUAUACACAGCAACACAGCUCACGGCAGGAGUCUGAUUUCCAUGACGAUGUGUUUUUGUUUGAAUGGACAGCUGUUUUACUUCUUCUUUUUUUGUCGGUUGGCUGGCUUGGAUGUGCAUCUCACUGUAAAUAGUCGAUCCUCAUUGCAGCAACAAUCCAAUGUGGAUCCAGUGGGCAGAAGCAGUGAUGGAGCUGAUAGUUAUUAGGAACCGAAUGGAAACCGAACGGAAACUGGGCGGGACCUACCUGAAUUUGUCCAAUAGAAACUCAUUUUCGAUUUGUAAAACUUUUUCUUUUUUUUCCCCGUUUGAAGCAAAUGUUUGGUACGAUGUUCCAUUAAUGAAUUACACCCCAGGUUGCCUCUGCUUACUACAGCUCUGCUCUCUCAAGUCUCCUUGCUAUAAUAGUACUGGUCUAGUACUCGGUAGGACUCAAUAGUACUUGUUAGUACUCGAUAGUACUCAUGAGUACUUAACUACAUUCAACUUUCUCUGUCUUUUUCAUUGUCAUUGUUUUUAUUUUGUAUUUUAUCACUUUGGACAGUGUCAUCUCCUAAUUUUUCUCCUUAAAUUAUAUUUUUCAAUGAAAAUGAUUGAUCUCCCAUUUUCUUUCUUUUUUGCACAAGCACUGUAGUUAGUAGGUGAUAAUUUGAUCACACUGAUGAAUGAUGGUACCACAGGUCAUGGCUGUGGGUAAAUGUAUGGAUGGGUCAGUCAUGGGUCUAGCUAUAGUAAUGGAUAUUUGUGGCUCCUCCUCCCCAGAGGAUUGGAUGGAUAUUUGUGGCUCCUCCUCCCCAGAGGAUUGGAUGGAUAUUUGUGGCUCCUCCUCCCCAGAGGAUUGGAUGGAUAUUUGUGGCUCCUCCUCCCCAGAGGAUUGCAAAAAUCCAGGGACGGUCUAUAAAUCUCCCUGUUUCCAGAAAUCCUGGUUGGAAAACUCUUGGAAUUUUUAAAAGGUAAUAAACAGGAAAUCCGGGAAUCCUCCUGUGACAAAAUGACCGGGGUGUCCUGAACUUCUUUUGUUUUAAAUCGAACUGUAGUUCUGAAUCCAGUGGUUUUGCAGUAGAACGAGACAUUGAUCUGUUUGUGUGUCACAAAUGGAAACCCUAUUCUAUCUAUACUGUAGCCGUAACCUCCCAGGGCUCUGGUUUAAAAGCAGUGCAUCGUAUAGGGAAUACAAUGUCUCUCUCACUCUCAUCUGACAUACUUUUUUAUUUUUAUUUUUAUUUUUUUAUCAAGCCUGUGAAUAUGAUCUGUUAUCUGAUCAAGUUUUUAUUUUCCAUUUUUUUUGUAAUUAUUUCAUUGUUUUUAUUCCAUUUCUUUUUUCCAGAACAAUUUAAGCUAAAAAGAUUUAAUAAAUUGAUGGUGGUGGAAACGACAA